AUGGGCUCCAGUUUACCACUUCACUUAGAUCACAGUGGAUCCAAAAAUACUUUUGGUCCUGCUCCCCCUUCCUUGUACUUUGCUGAACUUUUGUCUCAUAUCUCCUCUAUUUCACUGCUAAUCAAAACACCUGCUAAUUCACAGUUUAUCCCCGCGCGACUCGAGUUCCCCUAUGAAGGUAGCUCGUAUGUAACUCUAGUGUACAUCUCUGGGGCAAAAACACAAAUCUCACUACCAGUUCCAUUUACGCCAUCAUUAGCACUUACAAGACAAAGUCUUACUCAAGAAGUACUUCGGGACCCAUGCAACAUACGUGUGUCUAUCAAAGCUGAAGACCAACGGCUCCGGAUCCAACCCCAUGAGACUGCAGGUGCACGUAAAACAGGGAAAUUGUUUGCACAUACUGACAAAGAAGAAUAUGUACCUUUAAAUGCGAAAACCAUGGGAAGCAUGAAAUCUGGAGACUUGAAAUGUGCACAGUGUGGAGCUGUAGUGGUGCGUAAUGCGACACAGAGCUUACACUGGAACCCAUUACCAUCUGAAACUUGGGCUGAAAUGAUGGACUUUUGGCAUUGUCACAAACCCUCUGAACCCAAAGCAGGUGCCGCUCAUGACCAGUUUAAUAAAUCCUAUACUGUGUCCAAAUUUGUACCAACAAAAGAAACAGCCUUUGUAGGGCUCACAUACUUUCUAAUAGACUCUACAAGCUUGGGAAAUACCCAGACUAUAGACUCGAGUUUAAACUGUACCUCCUGUAAAACUAACUUGGGAGUACAAGAUUCACCAACAUCUUUUAAAAUAUUCAAAUGGAACGUCAAUCUAUCUGAAACUUCUCCAGUGUCUCCCUUCUAUUAUGUUUCUGCAGAAAUCAACGAACUCAUAGCUGCCCAUGGUGUCUACACAUUUGCACUCUCUACAGACAAUAAAACAGAUGCAAAACUUGUCUUAUGGGUAGUUAACUCAAAUAUACAUUAUACUUGUACUGGAUCAAACUCUCGAAAAGCAUUCAGAGUACUCUACAACUCUGAUAAACCCGAAAUACCUAAUCUCAUCAAAGAACGAGGCAAUGAUGCCGUGGAACAAAUCACUGUUCCUGAUUUUGUGCUCGAAAGCCUUGAAUCACAUUUAAAAUCCGGUAACAAUCUUCUCCAAGAUUCAACACAAUCAAAUAAAUGGAAAGUCUCUGUUCUUGAUAAGUAUAGUUCUCUAUAA